UUAUUAUGAACUGCAAUGGGAGACUGGUGGUGGGAAAGAUUGGCCCAUUACAUUGCAAAUGCCCUUGAGGCACGCUUGGCUGGCACUGGGAGAGCAGUGAAUGCACCUCAUUUGAUCAAGAGGUUAUCAGCUGCUGAUACCUUAAAAGCUUAUGAGGCAUUUCUUACAGCGUCCCCUUUCCAGAAGGUGUCAUUUUUCUUCGGAAAUAAAUUGAUUUUGAAACUAGCUGAGAAAGCAACACAGAUUCACAUAAUUGAUUUUGGAAUUACACAUGGCUUUCAAUGGCCCAACCUUAUCCAGCAUCUCUCUCGGAGACCCGGUGGCCCUCCUAGGGUUCGCAUUACAGGAAUAGACUUUCCCCAAGCCGGUUUUCGUCCUGAAGAAAGAGCCGAGGAAACUGGACGUCUCCUGGCAUAUUAUUGUGAGAAAUUUAAUGUCCCAUUUGAGUACAAUAGUGUAGCAAAGAAAUGGGAUACUAUCCGAGUUGAGGAUCUCAAGAUUAAGAGAGAUGAGGUGCUUGCUGUUAAUUGUUUGUACUGGCUGAGGUGUGUCCUGGAUGAGACAAUAGAGGGCAGUCCACGGGAUGCUGUUCUGAACUUAAUCAAGAGAACCAAUCCAGAUUUAUUCAUCCAUGGAAUUGUUAAUGGAACAUACAGUGCCCCCUUCUUUGUCACACGAUUCCGGGAAGUACUGUUCCAAGCAUAUUCAAUGUUUGAUAUGUUUGAUGCUGUUUUACCGCGUGACAAUCAGGGGAGGAUGUUAUAUGAAAGAGAGGUCUUGGGGGGUGGUACAAUGAGUGUCAUAGCAUGUGAGGGUACUGAGAGGGUUGUAAGGCCAGAGACAUAUAAGCAGUGGCAAAUUCGGAACACGAAGGCUGGGUUGAGGCAGCUCCCACUCGAUCCUGAGAUUAUGGAGGAUGUGAGGGCUAAAGUCAGGUUGGGUUACCACAAGGAUUUUGUGCUGGAUGUGGACGGCAACUGGAUGCUGCAGGGAUGGAAGGGGCGAAUCUCAAGUGCUAUCUCCUGUUGGAAACCUGCUCAAGAAAUAAAAAACUAGCAAUGCUAUUGGUUAGAAUUGAUAAAUUAUGAUGCUCUAGUAAUUCAACAAUUUGUAAACCUGAUAGAGGUACCCACAUUUUUUUCAAUCAUGUAUAUCUCUGAUUUUGUGCAUAUUUUUGUUAUAAAAUUUGUUCUACUUUAUUUCCAUAA